CUUAUAACUUUGCAGAUUAUUGAAGCCACUCCACUUUUGGAAUCUUUUGGAAAUGCAAAAACUGUAAAGAAUGACAACUCAAGUCGGUUUGGAAAAUACCUUGAACUACAUUUUGACAAGUAUGUUAUCUAGUAGAUAAACACGACUUAAUGCUUGUUUAUGCACACUUUCCAAAAUUUGAUUACUCCUGACUAGUGUUUCAGUGAGUUAUCUAAUGUACAGUGAUAUACUGUAUAUAUAGGAAUGUUGGUCAAUAUAGAUGAGUGUAUCUUGUUAACUUACAGAGUUGGAUGUAUUUGUGGUGCUCAGAUCUCAGAAUAUCUGCUGGAACGCUCAAGAAUUGUAGGCCAGGUAAUGCUAAAUGAUAUUAUGUUUUUGUCACACCUGGUUGUGAAUACUCUUAUUCCUAACCCAGAAAAAUUUGGCCAUGUUAACGGGUGACCAUAUUUAUGGAAUCUUAGUAAGGGCAUUAAUAUAAUGGAAAUAAAUAGCCGUGAUAAAGAGAUGCCGUUUUAAAGGGACUGUGAGUCGGGGUUUUACUGAAUUCUCAUGAUAUCCAGAAUUAUGAAUCAAAUGAAACUACUGUUUUAAAAACACUUUAUUAUUGUAAAUAACACCUGAUAUCAGGCCUCGAAUUUCCCUGAAAUCAAUCGACGGCAAUGGCGUUAAAAAUUUCCGUAGAACGUAACAGUUGUCUACGGCAAUUUGGCAGUUUCCAAACACGGCAUUUUUUCAAAUUACUGUAAUAAAAAUUUAAUUUAUUGUUACUUUGGAUUGUUGACAAGCUAGAAACAUGUUUACGUAUUUCUUUAGUGUUUUUUUUUUCGAAGAAAACUGAGACUAAAAUAGUAAUUUACGCAUGAUUUGAUCAACAUCUGAAUUCAAGUAUCAAAAUAGUAAUGCACAGUGAAUAGUAUAAAAGUUACACUAUACGGCCAAAAAUUGCCGUCGUUGCCGCAAUGAUCCACGGCAUUUUGUUAUCCCUCUACGGCAAUUGCCGCGAUAAAAUUCAAGCCCUACAACCUGAUAUCCUUUCAGGCAUACGGUGAGAGGAAUUACCACAUAUUUUACGAAAUGUUGGCUGGACUGCCUCAGGAAGAAAAACAAAAGUAUUCGUUAAAGAAAGCUGAAGAUUAUGCAUAUCUAAAUCAGGUACUUGUACCGACUGCUUAAACAACACCGACAAGAAAGCAUGACUUACGGAGAGAUUAAUCAAAUCUUGAUUUUUUGUAGGGAAAGAGCUGUGUGAUUCAAGGCAAGAAUGACGUGCAGGAUUUCUGUCAUCUGGUUGCAGCAAUGGAAGUUCUUCGAAUUAAGGUGAGAGUAUUAUUUGAUACUGUAAUCAUUUUCAAUAAGGAACAUCCGUAGCCAUUGCUUUCAUUGAACAUCCACCACUCUUAAGCCCUGGAGGUCAAACGAGAGUGGUAAGAGUUGGAUAUUGAAUAGACAUGGUCAUAUUAUUGCUAAUGUUUAUAUUUUUGGUUUUGCAGAAAGACGACCAAGAUGGAAUCUUUGCCAUUUUAUCGACCAUACUUCAUCUAGGAAAUGUCUUGUUUGGAAUUAGACAGGUGAGAUGCAGUUACGAAAUUUGGACAUAAACUAAGUUUAUUUAUUUUGCUUUAUCAGUUCUCCCUAGAGGUCCCGUAAGGAUCAUCUCUCAUUGAUCCAGUGUUACUACAGGACGAAACCUAAACUAAACUAACUUUAUUUAUACUGGAUAGCUCUAUCAGUUCUAAACUGUUCAUCCUAGAGGUCCAGUAAGGAUCAUCUCUUAUUGAUCCAGUGUUACUGCAAAAGAAUGCCUGAACUAAACUACUGUAACUUUAUUUAUAUUGGAUAACUCUGUCAGUUCUAAACUGUUCUUCCUAUCUUUUAUUAUCAAUCUCACUCUCGUUCUAGGUUGAUGGCCAAGAUGCAGCGUUUAUCCAAGGCGACGAAGAAACAAAAAUGGCGUCAGAGCUAUUGGGAUUGAAAGUAAACAACCUUUUGCGGGGUUUAACACAUAAAGUUACGGUAAGAAACGAGUCUAACUGGAUCUAUAUAGGGCUGAACGCAAUUUUGAUUUUUUUUUGGUUUGCUCAUAAUGACAUUUUAAGGACCGUUUUCAAAUAAACUUUUAAAUUAAAGAAGUCAUGAUGUUGUUUUGUGUUUGCAGGAGGCCAGAGGAGAACAAUUUAUGACCCCACGAUCACAGGAACAAGCCUACAAGUCAAGGUUUGGGCAAUGUUUAUAUAGUACAGUAGUAGUUAAACAAUAA